UGUGGCAUGGUUAUGUGUAAGCCAGGCGCUCCCGGUGAAGCGUGCAGUACAGAGGCCGAGCAGUCACCCCGGGUCACACUACAAGGAGAAUGGCUGCCUCCAAUAGAAUCGCCCUGGGACCACUAGUUGGGGCCAUCGAUCAGGGGACAGGAUCUACCCGCUUUCUGGUCUUUAAUGCCAAAACAGCUGAGCUGCUUAGUCAUCAUCAAGUGGAAAUUAAACAGAAGUUUCCAAAAGAAGGGUGGGUAGAGCAAGAUCCAAAGGAAAUUUUACAGUCGGUGUAUGAAUGCGUAGAAAAGACUUGUGAGAAACUAAAUCAGCUGAGCAUAGAAAUCACUAAUAUCAAAGCAAUUGGCGUAUGUAAUCAAAGGGAAACAACUGUUGUGUGGGACAAAACAACCGGCGAACCUCUAUAUAAUGCUAUUGUGUGGCUUGACCUGAGGACCCAGUCAACUGUUGAGAGAUUAUUAAAGAAAAUUCCAGGAAGGAACAAGAAUUUUUUUAAGAAUCGAACUGGUCUUCCUCUGAGCACCUAUUUCAGUGCAGUAAAACUGCGAUGGCUGUUGGACAAUGUGGAAGAAAUCAGGCACGCGGUUGAAGAAGGCCGAGCCAUGUUUGGAACUGUGGACUCCUGGAUUAUCUGGAGCCUUACCGGAGGGAAGAAUGGCGGUGUGCACUGUACAGACGUGACCAACGCCAGCAGAACUAUGCUGUUCAAUAUCAACACUCUGGAGUGGGAUGUAGAGCUCUGCCAGUUUUUCGAUAUUCCCAUGAGUUUGCUGCCAAAAGUGAGAAGUAGUUCUGAAAUCUAUGGACUAAUGAAAAUCUGUCCUAGUCUGAAAUCUGGAGCCUUGACUGGUGUUCCGGUAUCUGGGUGUUUGGGUGACCAAUCUGCUGCACUGGUUGGACAAAUGUGUUUUCAAGAUGGACAAGCAAAAAAUACAUAUGGUACGGGCUGUUUCCUGCUCUGUAAUACAGGGCUAAAGCCUAUUCUGUCUGAUCAUGGUUUAUUGACCACUGUGGCCUACCAGCUUGGCAGAGACAAGCCUCCUUAUUAUGCACUUGAAGGGUCAGUUGCCAUAGCUGGAGCUGUAGUGCGGUGGCUAAGAGAUAACCUUGGCAUUGUUAAAAAUACGGAGGAAGUAGAGAGGCUUGCUGCUGAAGCGGGUACAUCUUAUGGCUGCUACUUUGUUCCAGCUUUCUCGGGCCUGUAUGCACCGUACUGGGAGCCCAGUGCCAGAGGAAUCAUCUGCGGUCUCACUCAGUUUACAAACAAGAAUCACAUAGCAUUUGCUGCUCUUGAAGCUGUCUGUUUUCAGACCAGAGAGAUUCUAGAUGCAAUGAACCAAGACUGUGGAAUUCCUCUGAGCCAGCUACAAGUAGAUGGGGGCAUGACUAACAAUAAGAUCCUUAUGCAGUUACAGGCUGAUAUCCUAUGCAUCCCUGUGGUAAAACCUUCCAUGCCUGAAACAACUGCAUUAGGAGCUGCCAUGGCCGCAGGAGCGGCUGAAGGAGUGGGUGUCUGGAGUCUUAACCCUGAUGACUUGACUGCAGUAACUUGUGAACGCUUUGAGCCUCAGAUUAAUCCAGAAGAAAGUGAAUAUCGCUAUGCUCGAUGGAAAAAAGCAGUCCAGAAAUCAAUCGGUUGGGAAAGCUCAGAACCUGCAACCAAUGGAAACGGUGAACCUAGUAUCUUCUCUAGUCUGCCUCUGGGCUUUUAUAUAGUGAGUAGCAUGGUAAUGUUAAUUGGAGCGAAGUAUAUAAAAGGGCUUGACAAAUAAUUGAUUUCUGCAAAUCAAGUGUUGCUGCUCAUAUUCGAGCCUUAGCUUUGCCAACAAGAGGAUAUACUAGUGAACUUACCACCUGUCCCAGUAUACUUUCCACCUAUCUUUAUUUGACUUUGACAGCUCUCUUCCUGCUGCUCCACUGCUGUUCCUACAGGCAUAAGGCUUUUCCCCUGAAUGGCCUGCAAUCUAAUUUAUGUGAAGGGUGUGCUACUGAGACCUACUUUUAAAGAGGAAAUCUUUAUCAUUAUGAUGACAAUGAAGGGAAUACUAACCUCAGUCAUUGCUAUGGCCGGACUUCUGAGGACAUAUUUGCACUUGGAGAUUCAUAGUGAUAAAAUCCUUGGAAUUCAUAGUAUAACAUUUUGAAUGACUGAACAGGGAAAUUUGUACAGAUAUUUUUGAUGAAACCGUAAUUACCGAAUGUUAAAUUAAAAUAACUGGUAGCUUUCAACUCCAGCACAGACAAUUAUAAGCAAGUUUUUUUUGUUUUUUUUAAUAAAUUCUCAAUUCUAAGUCACUUAAACAUUAAUUGUGCCUUUACAUUCCCAGGCUUGUUUAUAUUUAAAGUUCUUGCAUACAUAAUUGUUUUUGUUAUGGUUCUUAAUGUAUUUCUCACAGUUGGGUGUAGAAUUUUAAUUAACAGUGCCAUCAGUUGUUUUGCUAAAAUGGAAAAAAAAACAAAAUGAAUUCUUGAAGGGUUCCUAUAGAGCAAGCUGCUUCAAUGUUUAAGGUACUUGAAAGGAGUAUUCACUUUAAUUGAAUAAUGGUAUUAAUGAUCCAUUUUAUAGCAGUGGAAUGGCGAUACGGGUUUUCACCUGCAGGUUCACUAAGCUGGUGCCACUGGGGUUAGAGGAAGAAGCUCUCUGUUUUACU